AUGAAUUACGCUGGUUGUAAUACAAUCUGCAAGCCGGGGGCGCGGCUGCUGAAUUUUCAUGCCCGCGAAGGAAUCUAUCACAUUGAAUGCCUUAAUAUUAAGAAGCAACAAUAUUCGUCACUGACAGAAGAAUUUAAGGCAGCCUGGAAAUGUCCCUCGUGCAAUAAUGUUACCCGUCGUGGACGAUCCAACUUGCUUAAGCCCGUGCGAUCCACGCAAAUACAUUUGGAUGAUAACAUGAAUAUGUCAUAUGAAAUCGAGGGCCAAGUACCAAUCUCAUCGUACAAUCCUUGUACUUGUAAUCCGACUACACCAGCUGCUUCAGUCCAUGACUGUGUUGUCCUGGAGACGGAUGCAACUUUCGAUACAUUCACACAGGAACUACAUAAGACCUUUGAGGAAUGGCGAAGCGAUAUGAACAAUACACUAACUGUAUUCAAGGAGAAUAUCAAGAGCUCACUACAUGACUGGCGAGAUGAGAUGGAGGCGAGUAUAACUAAACUUAAUGAUGAUUUAAAAUUUGCUUUGAAUGGAUUCAGGAGGAGAUAUUCACCCUUCGUACUGAACAUGAGCGUCUAA